CCCUAGCCCUAACCCUAAUUCGAAGGUGGAGGAAGACUGUUGCAAAUCGCAACGAACGCGACUGACGGUGCUUCUAUUUGUUGUGGUCUUCGACUGUGCUGAGAGUUUUGGAAGAGGACUUUUGGAGCGCAGGAGCCAUGCAGAUCUUCGUGAAGACGCUGACGGGCAAGACCAUCACGCUUGAGGUCGAGUCCUCUGAUACUAUCGACAAUGUGAAAACAAAAAUUCAGGACAAGGAGGGCAUUCCUCCCGAUCAACAGCGUCUGAUUUUCGCCGGCAAGCAGCUCGAAGAUGGUCGCACCCUGGCUGACUACAACAUCCAGAAGGAGUCUACGUUGCACUUGGUGCUGCGUCUUCGGGGUGGCAUCAUCGAGCCCUCGCUCAUGGCCUUGGCCAGGAAGUACAAUCAAGAGAAGAUGAUUUGCAGGAAGUGCUAUGCUCGCCUCCACCCUCGCGCUGUCAACUGCCGUAAGAAGAAGUGUGGACACAGCAACCAGCUUCGCCCCAAGAAGAAAAUCAAGUAGAGGGUUAAUCUCUUGCAGCUGUCCGCCUUUGAGGGUUUUGCUGCGAGGUGCGUGACUACUGAUUUAUGGUGCGAUUUUUAUAGGCGCGCUUGGAAUCUUAAUACACUUUGGAGCUCGUUGUAUUUGAAUACAAUUCAGAGUUUCCCUCCUUAACAACAUAAAGCUGCGUCUCGUGACUUUUUUCAUGAGUACAUUAGUUUGUUAGGGUAUUCCAGGAUUUUGAAUUAUGGUUGCGAAGGUUUUGUGCCACUGUUCAGAUCUAUGAAACGUUUUUUACUUCUA